GGACAAAGCAAAAGUGGAAGUCAUCCAAUCACUACCUUAUCCUACUACCGUUAGGGAGAUACGAUCAUUUCUUGGACAUGCAGGUUUCUAUCGGAGGUUUAUCAAAGAUUUCUCAAAGAUUGCAUCUCUUUUAUGCGCACUUUUGCAAAAGGAGGUGGAGUACAUGUUUUUCAAGGACUGCAAGAAGGCCUUCAAUACUUUGAAGGAAAAGCUAGUAACCGCACCUAUCAUCCAAGCUCCGGAUUGGUCUCUUCCCUUUGAGAUCAUGUGUGAUGCUAGUGACUAUGCGGUCGGGGCCGUUUUGGGCCAAAAGGUGGGAAGAGCAUCUCAUGUGAUCUAUUAUGCAUCCACCACUAGGGCUGGGUUCGGUUCGGGACCCGAACCGAUUUAGUAUAAACCCGAACCGAACCGAUAUUUCGGUUUACUAAAUUACAAAAAUCGAAACCGAACCGUAUUAAGAACGGGUACCGAUUUUUGGGGCCCGAAUUAUUCGGUUCGGUUUACCGGGAACCGAAAAACCGACUCAAUUUUAAAAAAUAAAUUUGAACUAAUAUUCAGUAGACUAAAGCUCAUUGGAACUUUCCAAUAUUUGAGCCCCAUUAGAAGCCUAGAACGUAUCUUAGCAGCCUACAAUAAGGGAACCUGGUUUAUAUUGAAGUUUUUGGAGUAGUAAGAUGCUCAUUUUCCGGUGUGGGACAGAAUAGAAGAAGAAAGAAGCCAAAUUCUAAAAAUACAAAACAUUACACAGCAUACGGGAAUCGAUCCCUCGACCAUUUGCUGGGGAUAGGAGCACAACGACCAACUCCGCUACUCGUCAUAUUAGUUCAAACCAUACUCGGGUUUAUAUUAUUACUAUAUUUUUCGUCAUUAAUUAUUAUUAUUAUUAUAAAUAACAAUUAUUAUUAUUAAUAUAAAAAUGUCGGUUCGGUUUGGUUCGAACCGAUAUUUUGUGCACAUAAACCGAACCCGAACCAAUUUUUUUUCGGGUCCCGAUUAUUGGGUCCCAAUUUCGUUCGGUUCGGUCCGGUUCGGUUUUUUUCUAAAACGGUUCGGUUAUUUUCGGUUCGGUUUUCGGUUUUUCGGUUCAAAAUGCCAGCCCUAUCCACCACCCUCAAUGAUGCCCAACGCAACUACGCCACCACCGAGAAAGAAAUGUUGACCGUCGUUUAUGCACUUGAAAAAUUCAGGUUAUAUUUACUUGGUACCAAGGUGAUCAUUUACAAUAAUCAUGCGGCUAUUAGGUUCUUGAUGACAAAGAAGGAGGCCAAACCGCGGUUGAUUCGAUGGAUACUACUCUUCAGCGAGUUUGAUGUUGAGAUCAAGGACAAGAAAGGCAUGGAGAACUUGGUGGCCGAUCACCUGAGUCGUUUAGUCCUUGAUGAAGGAAAUAAUCGUAUCAAAGAUGAUAUCCGAGGGGAAUUUCCCGAUGAGACCCUCUUCUCUCUUAAGGAAAUUCGCCCUUGGUACGCUCAUAUUGUUAAUUUCCUUGUUCUAAACAGGUUUCCACCAAGCUUCUCUAAAGCUCAAAGAGAGAAACUCCAGCAUGAUGCAAAACAAUACGUAUGGGAUGAACCAUACUUAUGGAAACAUUGCAAAGAUCAAGUCAUUCGAAGGUGCAUUCCCGAAACGGAAAUAGCAUUCAUUCUUGCUUUUUGUCACUCACAUGCAUGUAGUGGCCACUUUGGAGGGAAACGAACAUCUAUGAAGGUACUUGAAUGCGGUUUUUGGUGGCCAAGCUUAUUUCGAGAUGCCCAUGUCUAUUGUCAAUCUUGUGAUAAUUGCCAACAAAUGGGCAACAUCUCUCGAAAACAUGAGAUGCCACAAGUUCCUAUGCUCUACGUGGAGAUCUUUGAUGUGUUGGGAAUAGAUUUCACGGGACCUUUUCCUAAUUCCCAUGGAAAUCUAUAUAUUCUCUUGGUGGUAGACUACGUGUCAAAAUGGGUGGAAGCAAAAGCCACAAAGCCCAGUGAUGCCAAAGUGGUGACGGACUUCCUCAAAAUCCGCAUCUUCUCAAGGUUUGGAGUCCCACGCAUCUUGAUAAGCGAUAGAGGCACUCACUUCUACAACAAAACUGUAAGUGCCUUGUUGAAGAAAUAUGGCGUCACUCAUAAACUCUCCACCGCCUACCACCCACAGACAAACGGCCAAGCCGAAGUAUCAAACAGGGAGCUGAAGUCUAUACUUCAAAAGAUAGUAAAUCCAAACCGUAAGGAUUGGAGUCUACACAUGGAUGAUGCCUUAUGGGCAUACAGAACCGCUUUCAAGACCCCAAUUGGAAUGUCACCCUAUAGACUCGUGUUCGGUAAGGCCUGUCAUCUUCCGGUCGAACUAGAACACAUGUCUUAUUGCGCGGUAAAAACAUUCAAUCUCGUAAUGGAAAAAGCGGGAGAACAAAGGAGGCUGCAACUCCAAGAACUAGAGGAGCUUCGACUGGAGUCCUAUGAGAAUUCCGCCAUCUACAAGAAGAAGGCGAAGGUAUGGCAUGAUAAAAUGAUAAUAAGAAAGGAUUUCCGAGUUGGAGUCAAAGUCAUUCUUUUUCUCUCACGCCUUCGCCUUUUCCCCGGGAAAUUGAGAUCACGAUGGGAAGGACCAUUCAAGGUGGUCAAAGUCUACUCCCAUGGAGCGGUUGAAAUAAAAAGUCUCGACACCGGAAAAAUCCUCAAGGUUAACGAACAUCAACUCAAACCGUUCCUUGAAGGUUUCCCAAAACAAAGCGUUGAAUGCAUGGAUCUCAUCGAUCCAAUCUUUGAAGAAUGAACACAACGAUGGCGUCGUGCCACGACGUUAACUAAGGCGCUUCUUGGGAGGCAACCCAAGCAAGGUACGUUUUUUGUUAAUUUCCCUGUCAAAAUUCCAGUUUCUGUUUUGAGAGGGUGAGAGAGAGGGCACUAAUCACAGGUUUUGGAGAAAAAGAAAAAAAAAAUGCAGGUUUUGAAGCAUAUGGGGACAUACCCGAUCGAGUACCACCUUAUACCCGGUCAGGUAUGGCUAAAAGAAGGGGAACCGGGCAUUACUCGAUCGAAUGAGUAUUAAUUUUUUCAAGAAAGCAUGCAUACUCGAUCGGGUACAAUUACAUACCCGGUCGAGUAUGUACAGAAAGGCAAAGUUCAAUGGAUCCUGACCCCCGCAUUCGAUCGAGUACAGGGCUCAACAAUUGCAAAACAAAGAAUACCCGAUCGGGUAUCACUACACACUCGGUCGAGUAUGUUCUGAAGGACGAAACCAUGUAGAGCCUGCUCCCAGCACUCGAUCGAGUACAGGCCUCAAAAUGUGGAAAAAGAAACAUACCCGAUCGAGUAUUGUGUUAUACCCGAUUGGGUACUGGAGACAGUCUAUUCAAAACUUCGGUUUUCCAGCCAUACUCGACCGAGUAACUUCCCAUACUCGAUCGGGUAUACGUGCGUUUUAACCCCAAAAACGCCCAAAUCACUUCAUCCUUGCCAAAUCCCAAACCCAAAAUUCGAACCUCUCUCCCCGAACCUCCAUUUUCAAACCUUCUCUCUACCAUAUCUUCUUCAUUUCUCCACCAAAUCACCCCCAUUCCACCACCAAAAUACUCCCCUCACCUUCCUCUACACAUCCAUACCCACCAAUACAACUUUCCCCCAAUUUCCGAUAACACUGCUUUCGGCCAUUCACUGUAGACAAAGAUGACUGGGGAAGCAAAAUUUAGCUCCUCCCAACUGUAUAUUAGUCAUGUCCAACACCUCGUCCUCCGAUUAUUCUUGAAAUUUCUUGCAAAUUGCUUGCUUGGACAUCCCAACAACCAUCACACUAGGAUGGGGGAUGUAUAUGCUUGAUGUCUGUAGCUCUAUUCCGUGUUCAUGUGGACUUUAAUCUGUGCAAUCUUAUGUGGGCACAUCUGAAAAAGGAAAGCACAGCCAGGGGGGCCAUUGUUGUGGGUGGGGUGAUUAUGCACUUAGCCACCAAGUUCGGGUAUACGGAUAACUCUCCUAUACCCGACGAUUGUUUGAUGAAUAUCUCUUGGUUAGGCCAUUCGGGAUGCACAUCCUUUUCCCAUACAAUUUAUGGUGGUGAACGACCAAAGAACAUGAAUAACUGGCUCAUACACCCCAAGCCUCUCAAAUACUUCCUACUACCUAACCAAGAACUUCCCAAACUACUCUACAAAGAAGAGGUAGAGGUACCCCACUACCUAUUUCCACACGCCCUUCCACCACAUUUCCAAGAACCUCACGAAGACCAACCCGAAGACGAGCCGUAUGCCGAACCCCACGGCCAUGUAGACAUGGACAUCCCCGAGCAGCACCAAGACCCCCCUCCACCCAAUUAUUUCCAACAAAUCUUGGGGGGCAACAAUGAAUAAUUGUCGGGUACAAUCAAAUGAACACCAAUUAUAUCAACAUGGGAGACCGGCUAAACCAAGUGCAAGAGGAGAAAAGGGCAGGUUUUCAAUGGAUGGAGGAGCUCCGGGAAGCCGACAGGCAUCGGUAUGAAGAAGAUCAACGUAGGUUCUACGGACCUAUGUACUCUUACAUGGCCCAACAGGGAUCUUUUCAGACCAUGGCGAACCCUCCUCCACCACCCUCGUGGUAUGACCCCACUCAUUGGGGUAACUUUGGAGGAUCUAGCUCCGGGGGUGGAGGGUACGAUGGCGGAGAUGGUGGGGACACAUACAUGGGAGAUGGCGGGCAGGGGAGCGGUUUCGGAGGCAGCUUCUAUGGCGGAGAAGGCGGGCACUAGGGACAGUGCUUGAACCAAGUGUGGGGGAGAGACUCAUCAUGGGACUCAUUUAAUCUCUUUGGAGGAAAAGAAGAUUCAAAAAGAAGAAGAAGAGAGGAGGAGAAGAGAAGAUGAGCACUAGAAGGCCAUAAAACCCAAGAUGAUAUUUGUAAUUUGAGCUUAAAACUCAUAUUUUAUCCUUGUGGUCUUUGUGUUUUUAUCUUGUUAAAAUUGUUGAAACUUUGGAAGACUUAAACACUUGUGAACAUUUGACUUUACUCGAGGACGAGUAAAGAAACUAAGUGUGGGGGAGUUGAUAAUCAUGUAAUUUCCAUGUGUAUGUUUGUAUUUUUAAUUAGUUUUGAGUGAUUUGUACUUUGGAAAUUACACACUUUUGGUGUAAUAGUUUAGUUUGUUAAAUUCUUGUAAAUUGUUUAGAUUAGGUUUAUUCUGAGCUCAAACAGGUCUUGAUCAAAUCAAAGAACAUUUGGUGAACCCCAAAA